AUUACAAUGAUAAAGCAAACAAACGAUCCUCUGCAAGUAACUCUAGGGAAUGCUGACCGAUAACAGGGAAAACCACUGAUAUCUCGACAGAAGACAACAAUGGCACCUCUAAUUUUGUACGACCUCGACGCCAGCCCCCCAUGUUGCCUUGUACGCAUCGUCGCUGAUGAAAUUGGAGUUGACCUCGAGAAAGUUCCUGUGGUCGAUAUUGAAAAGGAAAUGGGCACCCCGGAGAGGCUGCAGAUAAAUCCACAGCGCACGGUUCCAGCACUUGUUGACAAUGGUUUGAAUAUUGCAGAAAGCCGAGCGAUUGUAACAUACCUUGUAUCAAAAUAUGCAAGGGACGAUUCCCUGUAUCCAAGAGAUCUACAGAAACGUGUCCUCGUAGACCAGAGGCUGUAUUUUGAUCAAGAUUUCUACAAUGGAAUUUUGAAAGUUAUUGAUCCGUCCUUCUCCGGAAAGCCAUUAUCCCAAAGUGAUGUUGACAAGGUGAACAAUGGACUGGAGAUUCUGAACAGAAUACUUGAGGGAAAACAAUGGCUCGCAGGGGAGAAAAUUACAGUAGCGGAUUAUGCCACAGUGGUGUCCUUGGCGACACUUGAGUACAAUCCAAAAAGUGGAAUAAACCCUGCUAAACAUGCAAACAUAGCUGAGUGGAUUUCUCGUGUUGAAGGCUCAAGUGCCAAGGUUACAGAGAACAUGAAAAUAUUUCGUGAGACAAUAAAAAAGUAUAUCUAAUAAUUUAAGAAACGAAUGUCACAAAAAUAAAGAGAAUUUUACGUAAGUCAUUUCCUAUUAGAGUAUGCAAUAAAACUUAUAUUUCUUUA